UCGCGCGCAGCGGCCGGCGCACUCGCACGCUCCGUGCGCCCGCGCGCGCCAUGGUGUAUCCCGAGCCGUCCCGCUGGGGCGCGCCCGACGCCGCGCUAGCUCCUCUCUACGACGACGUUUACCGAGCUGAUGGCGUGCUGUCGACCGUGAACGUGGUGGAAGCACUGCAGGAGUUCUGGCAAGUGAAGGCAGCGCGCGGCGGCGGCGCAGGCGGCGGUGGUGGCGCGCUCGUCAUCUACGAGUCCGUGCCCGCCGCGCACCCGCCAUAUGUGUGCUACGUCACGCUGCCCGGCGGAGCGUGCUUCGGUAGCUUCCAGAACUGCCCCACGAAGGCCGAAGCGCGCCGCAGCGCUGCGAAGAUCGCGCUCAUGAACAGCGUGUUCAACGAACACGAGUCGCGGCGUAUCUCCGAACACUUCAUCGAGAAAGCCGUGGCGGAGGCGCGCGCAUCCUUCGCUGGUGAUGCCGCCGCGCACCAUCAGGAUCCUAGCGCGGGCAUCGCUGCCUUCAGAUUUAUGCUGGAAGCGAACAAAGGGCGGACAAUGCUCGAGUUCCAAGAGCUGAUGACGGUGUUCCAGCUGCUGCAUUGGAACGGCUCUCUGCGGGCGAUGCGCGAGCGCCAGUGUUCGCGGCAGGAGGUGGUGGCUCACUACUCUGCGCGCGCGCUCGACGACGCCAUGCGGGAGCAGAUGGCUCGCGAGUGGGCCGCGAGAGAACGCGACGCGGCCUCGGGCGCGGGCGGCGGCGUCAUCCGAACCGAACUCGCCCGCGCUGAACGGGAACUCCGCGCGGCCCGGCUCGCUGCAAGAGAGCUCAGGUUCCCCAAGGAGAAACGCGACAUCCUCCUGCUCGCAGCGCGACUAGCGCCGCCUCAGCAGCAACAGUGAUCUCAUCGCAUCGCCGCCGGCGCGUGCGCACAUUGCCGCGGGAUUCUUAAUCUACAGAUAAACACUCAGUACCUUGUUUGACUUUGUUAAUUAAAUUAACUGAAUGUACUUUCUUGCUUAAUCACCUUGUGAGCUGAAAGUCAUUAGCAGCUCUACACUAAAAUACACUUGACGGAAUUUCAGAACUUUUAAAAUUAUUCACAUGUACAACUGGAAUCAAGGCAGUCUGAUAUUUCAUUUCAGUUUACAGUAUCACUUGAAUUCACUUUUUACUGGCUAGUAGGCAUAACUACUUAACAUCUGGAACACAAGUAGAUUUUGAGGAGAGUCGGCUGCAUCCCUCUUUUAAACUCCUCUAUAAAAAGACCCUAAGAUGUCCCGCUACCAAUGUGAGCACGCAUUUGUUAUUUAAGUGUAGUUUUAUUAUGUAAGAGUAUAUUUCAUUCGACCCGGUCUCCUGUCGACGUAGAAUAAGGCGAAGUGACACAACUCCGCCUAUUGCGGUAACCUGCGCGCGAGUGAGGCUGAAUUCACAAAGAGGUUUUCGUGUGCACGCGGCUUAAGAUUCUAUUUUUAAAAGUGUAUUCCCAGCUGUAACCGCAAGAAGGUGCAGGUGGAAACCUCAUUGUGACUCUUAGCGAAAGGCGGCUGGCCGCCAUGUGAUUGUUAGUUUUCUAAUUGUUAAAGAUAUACUUAUUCCUUUAGUGGCUCGUAGAGCUUUUCGCCAAGCGUUGGUGUGUUUGGGUUUGACGUCAUCGCAAUAUACGGACUUGUGCAAUCACAUUAUAAAUAAGAUAUCCCCUUACUUAAGGACCAAAUCAUUAAACAAUAGACUUAGUUUAUACAGUCUGCUCGCCAGAUAUUUUAUCAAGAGGAUAUAAUGACUACAGAAUACCUAAUAGAGUAGUAAGUA